UAUGUUUGAAAUUUAUACAAAGUCCACUACUAAAAAGCUACCAAAUAUCAUAUUAGCUAUGGCAAUUUUAAUACAUGAAUAAUUCUCUCCAUAACCAACAACUGAAUGACCACUAAAGGUGAAAUGAAAAGUUUUUAUCGAGUCAAAAAGUUUUCAAAUACCGUAUUACUACUAUUCUUUCUGAAAUAUAUUACUGCAAGAAUAUCACAUAAGUCAUAAGGCAUUGAGAAAGAACAACUCCUAUGCAAAUGCAGUUCCAAAGAGGAAAAAAAAAAAAUGAAACAAGAGGCAGACACAUAUAUGCUUUUAUUGUAGCAGAAUUUCCAGCUAACCCAAAUUCUCAGAGUAAUUAAAAAAAAAAAAAAUCUCAAAGUCAGUUACUAUUACGUAACAAAAUAUAAAACUAAGGGGACUCCCCAUGCAAACAGACAAAUUUACCCCUGACAUAACUAACUCCUUCAACCACCUUUCAAAUUUUUGGCUCGUGGCUUCCUAAUCCAUUUUCUCAGCUCCUCCUAAUCCAAAGACAAUAAUAUUUUAUUUCCAAGAAAUCAAACCAAAUAUUCUUUUGUCAGCUCGUACGGUUGAAUUACAAAGUCUGUUAGUUUUCCACGCGUCAAUUUGGAAUCAUAUCUGAUUCUGCAUUUCACCAAUCUUUGAAGAUUUUUCGUUUUUAUAGUAAAAUAUAAAAAUGGGAUUGAUAUCGGGGAUAUUAAUGGGGAUGAUAUGCGGGAUCGGUAUAAUGUUCGGUUGGCAAUAUAUGAUGAGGUAUCGUAGCCGCAAGCGAAUCGCCAAGGCAGUGGAUGUAAAACUAAUGGGCUCCCUAAACAGGGAUGAUCUAAAGAAAAUAUGUGGCGAUAAGUUCCCUGAAUGGAUAUCAUUCCCAGUUUUUGAACAGGUCAAAUGGUUGAACAAACAAUUGAGCAAACUGUGGCCAUUUGUUGCUGAUGCAGGAGAAGCUAUCAUAAAAGACUCUGUUGAACCUAUUUUAGAAGAUUAUCGACCUCCUGGAAUUUCUUCAAUGAAGUUCAGCAAACUGUCCUUGGGAACUGUGGCUCCUAAAAUUGAAGGUAUUCGAGUUCAAAGCCUUAAAAAAGGUCAAAUUAUUAUGGAUAUUGACCUCCGAUGGGGUGGUGAUCCCAAUAUUGUUAUAGAAGUUGAUGCAGUGGUUGCUUCUAUACCUAUUCAGUUGAAAGAUCUUCAAGUCUUCACUGUUAUUCGUGUCAUAUUCCAACUAGCUGAGGAAAUUCCCUGCAUUUCUGCAGUUGUUGUUGCUUUACUUUCUGAGCCAAAGCCAAGAAUUGAUUAUACUUUAAAAGCUGUUGGUGGAAGUUUAACAGCUCUUCCUGGACUUUCUGACAUGAUAGAAGACACUGUAGAUUCAAUUGUAACAGAUAUGCUAGAAUGGCCUCACAGAAUUGUUGUACCAAUUGGAGGCUUACCUGUGGAUAUCAGCGAUUUGGAGCUUAAGCCACAGGGGAAACUAACAGUAACUGUAAUGAGGGCUACAAACUUAAAGAACCAAGAAAUGAUUGGAAAAUCUGACCCAUAUGUGGUCGUGUAUAUUCGUCCACUGUUUAAGUUUAAGACAAAAACCAUUGAUAACAACCUAAAUCCUGUUUGGGAUGAGACAUUUGAGUUGAUUGCAGAAGACAAGGAGACUCAGUCUCUCUUCCUAGAGGUCUUUGAUGAAGACAUUGGAGAAGAUGAUCGAAUGGGUGUCACGAAGUUGCCUCUGAAUGAACUUGAAGCCGAAACUCCAAAAGAAAUAGAAUUAAGGUUGCUGCCAAAAUUUGAUAUGCUCAAAGUCAAAGAUAAGAAGGAUAGAGGAACUAUUACCAUCAAGAUACUGUACCAUGAGUUCAGCAAGGAAGAGCAAUUAGCAGCACUGGAGGAAGAGAAGAGGAUCAUAGAAGAAAGGAAGCAACUAAAAGCAGAAGGUGUAAUUGGAAGCUCAAUGGAAGCACUUGAUGGUGCAGCAGCAUUAGCUGCAUCAGGUGCCGGUGCGGCGGGCAGUAAGCUAGGUGCUGGUGUAAAGGUAGUAAAAAGUGGACUAAACAAAACCAAAAAGUUCAUGGGAAGAACCUUCACUGCACAAUCAAAUAAUCACAAGAAAAGUGGUUCUGGUUCCUCUCCGACAGGAAAUGUUGUUCAAGAUUAAUAAUAUUCUGUACAGCAGUACUCUCUUUUUGCAGUAUGGAUUUUUUGUAAUGAUUAGUGAUUUUGAGUUAGAUCUUAGUGAUUGGACUGAGGUUUACAAAAUCUCGUACCGUAUGUUGAUUCAAUGUGACAAUGAAGCUUAUUUCUAAAGAUGGAAAUUAAGCUAUUCAUGCAAAUACAGUGUAAAAAUCCCAAUUUCACUUUCAUUUCUAGAUCCUGUAGCUCCCGGCUAUGGUUUGGACCUUUCUCCUGCUUAGAAGGGGAUUCGAUCCAUAUCAAAAGAGACUGCUGUAUACAGGAAAUGUUGUUCAACAUUAAUACUACUAAUAUUUUGUAUAUACAGCAGUACUCUCUUUUUGCAGUAUGGAUUUUCUGUAAUGAUUUGUAGUUUUGAGUUAGAUCGUAGUGGUUUGAA